UGUAUAUCGUUAUAUUGGACGUGGCACGUCCUCUAAUGACCUUGUCUGCAUAUGCAUACAUUACGAACUAAGUGGAAAGUUGUUGCUGUUCAGUAAUCGUUUAUGUCAUGAAGUCUCUUCAGAAUUUCGAUGCUUUUGCAAAACCACUCAAAGACUUUCGUAUCAAAACGCUGUCUGGAGCUUUGGUUUCAAUAAUAAGUAGUCUAAUCAUCGGAAUUUUGUUCACAUCAGAACUUCUCUCGUUUACGCGCACACGGAGUAAGCAGGAGAUUAUUGUAGAUGUCAACCGUGGAGAAAAGAUGUCUAUCUACUUGGAUAUAACGCUAAACUUUAUCCCGUGCAGAUUUUUAAGCCUAGAUACAAUGGACACGACGGGUGCGCAGCAGCUAAAUGUUAUGCACGAAGUUUACAAAACUAGUGUUUCAGUUGAUGGCACUCCUUUAUCGGAUAGUGUUCGCCAUGCUGUAAAUGAUGCUUCGGCUAUCGCAACAACGAGAGAUCCCAAUUAUUGUGGCUCAUGUUAUGGGGCAGAGUCUCCUUCAAGGAAGUGCUGUAAUACAUGUGAGGAAGUUCAAAUGGCGUAUAAUGAAAUGCGAUGGGUAUUGGUAAAUAUUUCUGCAUUUGAACAGUGCCGAAAGGAAAACUGGAACGAGAUUAAACAAAAGAUAGGCAAUGAAGGUUGCAGAAUUCAUGGAAAUUUAACAGUUAAUCGAGUUGGUGGGGCGUUUCAUAUUGCUCCUGGUCAUAGUUACACUGAAAAUCAUGCACACUUUCAUAGCUUUCAAAGUCUCGGUCCUGUUCAGUUCAACGUGUCUCAUUCAAUCGGGGAGCUUCGUUUUGGUGAUUCAUAUCCUGGUCAAGUUAAUCCACUAGAUGGAACGAAAAUGGCGGUACAACCACAUUCCCAGAUGUUUAUUUACUACCUAAAACUGGUACCGACUAUGUAUACCGGCAUUAACCGAAAUGAAAGCACUGUGAUAACUAAUCAGUACUCUGCUACAUGGCAUUCAAAAGGUACGCCUCUAUCUGGUGAUGGUCAAGGAUUACCUGGUAUAUUUUUCAAUUAUGAAAUAGCCCCUUUACUUGUUAAAAUUACCGAAGAGAAAAAUAGUUUUUUAAGUUUCAGCUCCGUACAACAGAACUGUCUUGACGUUUGUGUUGAAGAUUCGGACUUUGGUGUUAGCUGACAGAUAGUUGAUAUGAGUUCCAUACGCUAUUCAACUGUAUGAAUGCAGCCCUUACUUUCCCAAUACUCGCCUUUGUAUCUGCAUCAAAUCCGUCUUGUUCAUCGAUGAUGCUGCCCAGUUUUAAAUCUAUCCACUUUUUUUCCAGGUCAUUUAUACAUUUCCUGACAAAUACAUGUGCAAUUGUUGGAGGAGUAUUUACAGUGGCGAGUCUUCUGGAUGCAUUCAUUUAUCACUCUACAUGUAUAUUACGUAACCGUCACCAUAGAAAUUAACAUUAUUAAAUGUACAAUUCUUUUGUAAUUUAUUUGUUCUCUACGUUCUUUCUUAUAUUUAUUCGUCAUUCGUUCUAUUUUCUAACAUUCUAAUUUGUGUUUAAGAAACUGGUUUGUUGUGAACAUUGCGCGAUUCCUCAUGUCUUUCGACCCCCACUAUUUGCUUUUUUUUCUUUAUGUGUAUACAUCGGUAUCAAUAUAGUGUAUGUGAUUUCUUUUUGAAAAUCCAUUUACUAUGAGCCUAGCAUUCUUUUUUGUGAUAAUUGGUUUCGUAAAAUGUACAAAUAGAGUUAUUGCAACGAACAUACAA